GCGAAGCUCGGGAGUCCCGCCCUGGGGCUCCACCCCGCCCUGGCCGCCUGCUGUUUCCUUGAAGGGGCGGGGAGCAGCCGCCGACUUCCCCAGCCCGUCGCUGGAGCGGAGCGGCGGGCCCCGGAAAGCCCGAAGCGGACGGGUCACGCAGCCCGUGCCCCGGCGGGGAGGCGCGCACGGAGGGACCCCCGGAGCCCAGCCGGAGGCGCAGCGCCGGUUGAGUGAGUAGCCACCUGUCGCCUCCCCGCCAGCGCUGGGCCAGGGGCCCCGGGGCAGCCUAGGCGCAUGGCACCGGCAGCUGCUCCUGCGGCCAGAAACUGCAUAUUCGACAAUAAGGAUCCAACCACACUCCGGCUCCUGCUGUUGCAACACAAGAGAACCCGAAGCAUCCAGUCUGGUGCUGGCUCUUAUGGAGCAGCUGUCCGCCUGCCAUGCUACAGCCAAUAUCUUUAGCAACACCCUAGGUCAAGAUUCAUGUGGGCACUUCUCAUCUGACUGUUACCCCGAUAUGGCUGGCUGGGUCAGGCAGCUCCUGCAGAAACCCAAGCAAAGCUCCAGCUCCGCAGGAAGCAGCUUGAACACCAAACAGUCACGCUCCUCCUCUUCCUCCUCCUCGGUGACAACCGCCAGCUCUUCCACCAGCAGUUCAGUGGCCAGCCUAGGACAACUGUCUCCUGCCUCCCAGGUGAGCAUCAGCAGCUCAGGGAGUGCCCGCUGGGCCAAGAGCUACGACGUGUGCAUCUGCCACAGCAACGGGGACUUUGAGUUUGUCGAGGAGAUGGUCUCGUAUCUGGAGAGCCAGACUGAGGGCAUCCGCUGCUUCCUGCAGCUGCGGGAUGCCAUGCCGGGGGGUGCUAUCACCACAGAGCUCUGUGACGCCGUCCAGAACAGCCACUGCUGGGUCCUGCUCAUAACCCCUAGCUUCCUCGAGGAUCCCUGGUGCAGGUACCAGAUGCAUCAGGCGUUGGCAGAGGCGCCGAUGGCCAAUGGACGCACCAUCCCCGUGCUGAAGGGCAUUGACCGGAGAGAUUACCCCCGGGAGCUGAGGUGCCUCUAUUACAUCGAUGGGACGCGCAAGGAGAAUGGCUUCAGGCAGAUUAAGGACACGAUCCUGCGCUACCUGCAGGAGCUCUGUCGAAGCACCGUGAGCAGAAUAGAGUGACUGGAUCCUGCAGGGGAAGGGAGCACCUUGAGAAAGCAGAUCCCGGCCGACGGGAAAUGGAACAAGAAUCCACACUGCUGUUUCCAAAGUCUCUGGAGCUGCCUCAUUUGAUCUCAGUGGAGAGCAGUUUCCAGGUGGCCUACAGCCAAGUUCCCUGAUGCACAAAGCACCUGUAGAAUUACAAAUGGGAACCAACUCUCACGAGGGCUUCCGAACGGAAGCAUUUCUCUCGCGUCAGGCUGCUCCACACCAUGAACGCUAAUACCAGGCACUGCUGAGAGGACAA